AUGGCGCCUAUCAAUAAUUCUGUUGCAACUCAUACCCAUUUGCUACCCAAUUCUUCUAAGCUUUAUUAUCUGAGUUUAUCAUACAAUAUUCAUCUCCACACUGAUAAUCUUCAUUAUUGGCUCUCUCGACUUCCUUCCCUGACAUCUCUCGACCUCAGUGGCAUUCAUCUUCCUAGUGAAACCAAUUGGGUUCAAUCAUUGGCCUCGCUGCCUCUGGAGAGUUUAUAUUUGGAUGAUUGUAAUUUGACCACCUCUAUUCUGUCUUUCCAGCCUGCCAAUUUUACCUCACUUUCAUCUCUUGAUCUUAGUCUGAAUGAUUUUGCAUUUGGAUUACCUAAAUGGUUGUUCAAUCUUAGCAAAGAUCAUGUUGGCUUUGAUCUUCGACUCAGUCAAUGCAAUUUGAGAGGUCAAAUUCCAGAUCUUUCAGGCUAUCGAAAUCUGAGGCAGUUAGAUCUAUCUAACAACAAACUCAAGGGGUCAAUACCUGAGUGGCUUGGCCAGCUUGAUAGACUAGAACUCCUUGAUCUAUCUAAUAACUUGUUUCACAGUUCCAUUCCUUCUAAUCUCCUAAACGCAUCAGCUUUAUUAGACUAUUUAGAUAUUAGCUUCAACCACUUGAGUGGUCCGCUCCCAAACAUUCUUGGCCAAAAUGAGUCUGCCGCCUCAAUUAGAGCAGGGCAGACAGAUUUGAAAAUAUUUAUGUCAUCUAAUAAAUUUAAAGGAAGGCUUCCUCGAGUAUCAAAUUUGGUCGAAGCUUUGGAUUUAUCUCACAACUAUUUCUCGGGACCUUUAGAUACUUUAUUGUGUCACAACUAUUUACUGUAUUUGGACCUAUCAAAUAAUUAUCUCACUCAAAAACUUCCAGAUUGUUGGAACAAAUUGGGGAACUUGUCUGACUUAUACUUGGGGAAUAAUCAGUUGACCGGUCGAGUUCCACCCAUGAUGGGUUCAUCAUUACCUCUCUUAAACGCGCUAGAUCUACGUAAUAAUAGAUUUUUUGGUGAUAUACCUUCGACUUUCAAUAAUUGCAUGUCUUUGGUGCUUCUCAAUUUAGAAGGAAAUAACUUCUCUGGAGCGGCCAAAUUCCGCUGGGCACUCAGCUUCAGAGUUUUAAUGCAUGGAGUUACGCCGGAAAUCUUGAUCUUUGUGGGCCUCCUCUUCAAAAGCACUGCACAAUACCAGAUAAUACAGAGAAAGUUGAAGAAAAUGAGGAUGAUGGUUUUUUGA